GCGCGCGCGCGCGCGGCAGCGGCUUCACUUCUCUCCGGGCAGCGGGGGCAGGAGCGGCGGCGGUGGGAGAAGCAGCGGCGGCUGUCGCUGCUGCUCGGGAGAGACGGCAAAGGGGAGAGGAAGCCGAGAGCGAGGAGCGCGGGACAGCGAGCUCAUGACUCAGUGAGCGGCUGCAGCCCCUUUCCAGCCCCGCGCCCGGCCGGAGUCGGGGCGACCGCGACGGAUUGUCCCGCAGCUUGUGCCCGGCACCAGCGAGAGAGAGAGACCUGCGCUCGCCUGCAGUGCAGCAUCUGCCAUGUCUACAGAGGGGCAGAGAGUGGAUGAUAGUCCAAGCACCAGUGGAGGCAGCUCUGAUGGAGAUCAGCGUGAAGGCGUUCAGCAGGAACAAGAAAGGGAGCAAGUUCAACCCAAGAAAAAAGAGGGAAAAAUAUCAAGCAAAACAGCUGCUAAAUUGUCAACUAGUGCUAAAAGAAUUCAGAAAGAACUUGCAGAAAUUACAUUAGACCCUCCUCCGAACUGUAGUGCUGGACCCAAAGGAGACAACAUUUAUGAAUGGAGGUCAACUAUACUGGGGCCUCCAGGGUCUGUAUAUGAAGGUGGAGUUUUCUUCCUUGACAUAACCUUUUCACCGGACUAUCCUUUUAAACCACCCAAGGUAACGUUCCGGACAAGGAUCUACCACUGCAACAUUAACAGCCAAGGCGUCAUCUGCCUGGACAUUUUAAAGGACAACUGGAGUCCAGCAUUGACCAUUUCUAAAGUUCUCCUCUCCAUCUGCUCCCUCCUCACAGACUGUAACCCCGCUGACCCCCUGGUUGGAAGCAUUGCCACUCAGUACAUGACUAACAGAGCAGAGCACGACAGAAUGGCCAGACAGUGGACCAAGCGAUACGCCACAUAGGAACCUCCUCUAGGAUUUGCUGGACCUGUGCAAGCACAUUCACUAAGUGCAUCAAUAGCCCUUCCCUUCAUUCUUAUUUUUUAUUAAAUCUUGAACCAUUUUGUGACAAAAGGUUGUCCUUACUUCCUAUUUUUUCUUGUUUUGUUUCAUUUUGGUUUAUUUUUAUUUUUAUUUGUUCUGGGUUUUUUUUUUUUGUUCUGUUAACUUGAAAGUUGUUUCCCUCAAAUGUAGACAGGGAAUUUUGGUUAUCAGUGCAAAGAAUGUUGGAUCUGUAAUAGUAUAGAGCUUUAUCAGAAAGCUUUGUAUUAAUGUGUGGGGUUGGUUUUUUUUUUUUUUCUUUCAUGUGGUUUUGGGGAAAACAAACAAAUUCAGAAUUAUAUCUCAUUUCUACUUAAAUGUAGUGUUUAGGGUUAUUUUUUUGUACUGAAGUCUUUAAUGGUGGGUGCAUGCUACUGGGAACAAGUUUUGUAUAAAAGCUUAAAAUCAAGAAUCACUGUGCAUUACUAAGACUGUGUUUAUCACUAGCCUUCUGUUUCCCACACAAAAGGCUAUUGCAUUGAACAAAUUAAUAUGUAUUUUGAUUUACUUAAAAAACAAAAAAAAAAAGUGCUUGUAAAUUUCUUAGGGACCUGCCACUUUUGACUGUGGAUCAGUUGAUGUACACUUGUAUUAUUAAAGCACUCAAUAAAACACUGUGGCUGAUAAA